CGGGGUCAGAGUGCGCGGAGGUGAGUCGGUGUGUUGUGGACUCGUGGUGCUGGCUGCCGCUGUUGAGGCGGCCGGGAACGGGCGGUGGGAGCGGGCGGAGCUGGCCCAGCCUCUGCCUGGCCGGCGACUGCGGCGCGGGCCGUGCCCGCCGCCGUCAACUGCCCUGAGCGCCUGCUGAGGCAGAGGGAGACGUCGGGGCCUGCAUCUGGAGGGAGCCUGCCGCGCUAGCCCCUAGGAGGGGGCGUUGCCAUGGCGACAGCCUCUCCAGCAUCUGACGGGGGGCGGGGGCGGCCCUGGGAAGCAGGCCUGGUCUCCUGGCCCACUGCCCCUCCCCUUACUCUCCCCUGGACUUGGAUGGGCCCGAGUUGGGGGCAACACCCUGGGCAUUGGGGCUUUCCGGCUCUCACAGAACCUUCACCACCCCCAGCUGCCAGUCUUGGUAUCUUCGAAGUAAGAAGAGUUUUAGAUGCUUCUGGAUGUUCAAUGCUAGCACCUUUACAGACUGGAGCAGCUCGAUUUUCUUCAUAUUUACUUUCAAGAGCAAGAAAAGUGCUGGGCUCCCACUUAUUUUCUCCCUGUGGUGUUCCGGAGUUCUGCUCCAUAUCCACCAGGAAGCUGGCGGCCCACGGCUUUGGCGCAUCCAUGGCAGCAAUGGUGUCCUUCCCGCCCCAGAGGUAUCACUACUUUUUAGUGCUGGACUUUGAGGCCACGUGUGACAAGCCACAGAUUCAUCCUCAGGAAAUCAUUGAGUUCCCCAUCCUGAAGCUCAAUGGCCGGACCAUGGAGAUUGAGUCUACCUUUCACAUGUAUGUCCAGCCUGUAGUCCAUCCACAGCUUACCCCCUUCUGUACAGAGCUCACUGGGAUUAUUCAAGCCAUGGUGGAUGGUCAGCCAAGCCUGCAGCAAGUGCUAGAGAGGGUCGAUGAGUGGAUGGCAAAGGAAGGCCUCUUAGAUCCAAACGUCAAGUCAAUUUUUGUCACCUGUGGAGAUUGGGACUUAAAAGUCAUGCUCCCAGGCCAGUGCCAGUACUUGGGCUUGCCAGUGGCGGAUUACUUCAAGCAGUGGAUUAAUCUGAAAAAGGCUUACAGCUUCGCCAUGGGCUGCUGGCCCAAGAACGGACUUCUAGACAUGAACAAGGGCCUCAGCCUGCAGCACAUAGGCCGGCCCCACAGCGGCAUCGAUGACUGCAAGAACAUUGCCAACAUCAUGAAGACACUCGCAUAUCGAGGCUUCAUCUUCAAGCAAACAUCGAAGCCAUUCUGAUUGGCUGAGGAUGAGAUGGGGCAGGACAGGGAGCUGCUUGGCCGAGCCCAGAAUCCUCCUCUCCCUUACCAGAUGGAAAAAGGGAGAGUGGCACAGCCCUGCGCCCAGUGUCCCCCAGCUGCCCUAUGGAUUGUAUCCAGGCAAGGGCUGGGCCAGCUGGCCCCUCUGGAGCAGACACUUUGUGUCCCCCACCCUUCAAUCUCAGCCCAGUAUUAGCCCCUUCCAUGUGGGCCUGGGCUUGGGGGACCCAGGCACUCACUGCCUCCUCCCUGUACACAGGCUUCUGCUGGGGCCACCAAGCCCCCCUGUGCCCCUUCCCAUCCAUAGUGCAUGGUGUGUGGUGCCCCCAGGGCUCCAAGACAGAUCAGGCCCCAUCUUGUGUCUACCCCCAGCCCUGCUGUGAACGUGCCACUGAAUAAAGUUGGGGAAAUAAGGCCCUGGGUGUGUG